GGGUGCGCGGUCAACGCGCAGGACUGGUGGGGGUGCACGCCGCUGCAUCUGGCAUGCGAGGCCAACCAUCAAGAGCUGGUUGAGAUUCUGGUGCAGGCGGGGGCGCAGCUGGAGCUCCGCGACUUUGACGGCCAGACCCCGCUGCAUAGCGCCUGUAUGGGGGGGCGAUGA